AUGCUCCGCCCACUCGCCCUCCUAGCGGCCCACGCAGCCGUCUACUACACCCUCUACUCGAGGCUCGACAUCGACUCAAUCCUGCACUACGAUGUGCUCGAGACGCAGCGCUGGUCGUUCCAAGUCUACGUACGCGCGGCUGUCGCCGCCAUCGUCCUCAGCGUGCUGGUCACGCGGGUCGUCAACUGGGCCGUGAAGAACCACCGUAAGCGUAUCCGUGCAAGCCGUCCCCGUGUUGUGCCCCCAUCACCCCGCCGCCGCGGUCCCCGCCCCGAGUUCCUCCCCCCCGCACCGCCGACCACUUUCCACGAUCCCCCGGCGUUUGUGCCCUCCCACCCUGCCUCGCGGCUGCUCUACGACCCGACCCCGCGCGCCUGGCACCACCACGAGCCCGAGAUCUCGACAACCAAGCAGCCCGACGCCAAGCCCCGCCGGCUUAAGAGCGUCCUCGACAUGCGUGACUACACCCCGCCUCGCCGCGACCGCUUCCUGCCUCCCGGGCAGAGGAUCAAGCAGGGCUCGCCUCUGGCCGCUGCUGACGAGGGCUCGCGGCCCACCAUCCCCCUCCGCCGUGGCCAUGCCACAUCCGCCACCCACUCCUCCCGGCCCGCCACUACCACCGCCACCUUAGGUCGCUACCACGUCCUCCCCACCGCCUCACCGUUCCUCCACCCCAUCCUCAAGGGGGAGUACCGCCUCCCCCCGAUCGCGCCGCGCCGCUUCCCUCCCCUCGACGCCCUCAUCCCCGAGCCGAUCACGUCGCCGCGCGGCCCGCCCCGCGGGCUCCUACCCAAGCCAGUGAACCCACAGUACGCCACCGCCGCGCGCCGCAGCCCGCCUCCGCCCAACCGCGUGCGCAGGUCCAAGCCCAAGCCCAAGCUCUCCCUCUUCGCGGCCAAGCCCACGCCAGACGAGCACACCGCCGAGUCUGUGCGCGCGCGUGAGCGCAAGAUGGCCCGCGCGCGCCAGCUGGCCCUGGAGCAGGAAAUGGACGACGACGACGAGCGCCGCCGCCGCGUGCCGCGUACCCACGACAACGCCGACUCUGUCACCGAGCAGUCCCUCCGCAAGAGCACGUCCGCAGCCCGCAACGCGCCGCAGAAGAAGACCAAGGCCCGCCCAUACCCCGAGACCAAGUCGCUCCUCAGCAGCCUUGAGCCGGCUUUCGCCCCCGCGCACGACCGAGCAACGCACGCCCCGGGCACGUCGGGCACGUCGGCACUGGCCGGCACGACGGCGCCCUCGGCCGCCCGCAAGGCCCGCAAGACGCGCUUCGUGAUGCCCGGUGCCAUGCCGUCGGGCGCCGAGAGCCACGCCUCAGGCUCUGGCUCCAAGGGUUCGGACGUCCCCGACGACCGCAGUGUGGCGGCCGAGCUGGAGAAGCGCGUCGCUAAGAUCGUCAAGAAGGCCGACACUGUCGGCAAGAAAGCCCGUCGUGCCGACGACACCGGCGCGGCGCCCGCCGCGGCGCCCACCAAGGUGCCUUCCACCCGCCGUCGCAAGUAG